AAUGAGAAGCGAAGUCAGAUAGAAAAUUCUAAACUUAAGGGUAGAGUAACGAAACUAGAACGUGAUAUCAAGGAGAUUAAACAGGAACAAAUUACACCUAUUGAAAACCGUCCCGAUAAAAAGAAUGCGCAGAUCACUCGACUAAAUCUCGA